AUGUCACUAAGUACACCCAUCCGUGAGUCUCAAAGGCUGGAAAAGGGCACAAAGGGAACGUGCCGUGAGCCGCAAUGUAAUUGGCCGGCCCGCUUUCUUGACGGGAACUCGGGAGAGACGUAUCCUUUCGUAAGCUUCUCCCGCUCGAAGACUCUCGAGUUCUUGAUCUUGAGUGUCCGUACCAUCAGCAUAGUCAAACACUACAGUGGUGUUGAGACUCGAGAGUUGGUCACUGGUGGCGAUGUGGGGACAGCAGAAACCGGGCUGACUAGGAGGAAACUUGGAUGGUCCUUCCUGACAUUAUCCCCUGGCUUACUGGAGGCAAUGAGAGAUGUCGUCGAUUCAAGGGCAUUUCUUGGUCCGAUGGGAUGCUCCGCCAGCUCCCCUGCGUGGAAUCUAUUCUACUUCGUAGUAUGCCAGCAGGUUCUAGCUACUGCUCUCCGAUGCUUUGAGUACUUUUCAACGCUUGAGCAAUUGGCCAAAUUGCUACUCUACGGGUUGUCAAUGCCUCGGGCGUACGAGUCUUGGCCCCUGGCAAAGCCCUACCGACGGGUUAGACUAGCAGAGUCCAUCGGGGAGUUCAUAGCGGGAGAGACAAUCCGGGAUCUUCCCGCGACUCCGCCAAGGGGCGUUGAAACUAUCUUCUCUUUGGAUUCUGGCAGUUUGACGUGUGGUUUCUCAAGGCCUGUCAAGUUGAGUCUAGAAACUGGCUACCUAAACAUGGUUGUUGAUGUGAUGGAAUUCAAUGCCCAGAUAUUGCCCAUGCCCCCAUAUUCUGCUCAUCAAAUACAAAGUUCACGGGCAGCACCGUCAUCCAUGAGAAAGAAAAGAUUUCUACUGGAUGGACCUUACUCCAAGGACCUGCCCCGACCACGCCGUCGCAUGCAUAUUGGCCGGAACCCCCAUUUUGUCUUUUUUGCCCAUUCUCAUGCAGCGCCGCGCCGCAUAGCCCACCUGGCGGACAUUGACAUUGUAGAAACUGAGAUAUCUGAUGUCUGCAAAUCCCCAAAUCCCUCGGGCUUGCGUCUCUCCCACCCACCCAUUACGUUUGUCCAUCCUGGAUUGCGCCCACCCUUCCUUGCCUGGACAUGCUUGGCGCUGUUCCUUUUCGACUUUCCAUUCUGGAUUAAGGCCGGCGGGCAUCCUUUUGCCUCCCGUCCUCUCUACGUUUUCUUCAGUUCUAUUCCAGUCGUCAGCAAACCCCCGCAAGUCUCGUGUCCAGUCAGAGCUUGUGGUUGUUUCUUUCCUUCUUCCCUUCCCUUCCCUUCCCUUCCUCUUCUUCUCGACGUUGAGAUCCUGGGAUUUCUUCAUAGAGACGACCUGCUGGAUCGGUUACACCGCUUAUCCCGGCCGGAUACCUACGACCCUUACCUUAACUCUUCGAAACCGACCACCACCCACCCAUCCACUCACCCUCCAUUGUUCCCAUCAUCCUGCAGAGCUCUCAGAAAAAGGACGCGAUUUGCGCCCGCCCGCUUUCUUCGUGUUCCAUUUGCUCAAAUCUUCAAUCGCCAAGCAAACACCCCGCGGGCCACACCAGGGGAGCUUUCAUUCUGUCAAGUGCUUUCCCAACCUCCGCCCAACAUUGUCCAUUUUCUGGUUUCUUUCUUCUUUCUCUUCUUCUUCCCAACCCCCCGACCUUUGACUUCAAUUCUCUUCCUCUCCCGUCGAACGGGCCGUCGUCGCAGACGCCGCACCCGAAGGAAAUCCAAGCAUCCCGGGAAUCCAAUUCUCUGGCCGGCCCAUCCGUCGCUGCCACUCACCGAGGCCAUCGCCAUUGAGAUACCACCACCCUCGACAAACGACGACAACCCCGAUCCCGACCGACCGAACGAAGACCGGCUGUGCCACCGCACUCGAACCUCCAACUUAGAGGCCCCCCGCAACCUCAACCUCGCGAUCGAGGCGAAACCCCCUCGCCGCCGUCAACCCAGCAUGACGCGCCCGCGCAUCCCCGCCCUCUACGGCAUCCUCCAGUUCUGCCUCCGCCUGACCCUCGUCGUCUUUGAGGUGUGCGCCCUCGCCGCCCUCAUCACACUAUCGAGAUAUGGCUUCCACUUCCCGCUCGGAUACGUCACUUCCGUCUCAGGCAUAAUCUUCUCCAUGGCCGAAAUGGUCACCCUCGCAAACUCAACCCACCAGAUCCCCCGCAUGCGCACCGGCGCCAUCGUCGUCGGCGAUUUCGUCCUCUUCGUCCUCGGCCUCGUCGCCUUCUUCUACUUCAUCAUCCUCAACGGCUGGCGUACGGGGAGCCCGGACCGCGAGUACCGCGCCUGGCGCGAGGAUCCGCUGCGCGUCGAAAAGGAGACGUGGGCGCCGUGGUACAUGUGGCUGCAGCUCAUCGCCGCGGUGCUGCACUUCUUGUACAUGGCCAUGCACUGCGUCGACGCGUGCAAGGAGGGUGGGCCUGAGCAGCAGCGGCGGAGAAGGGCGAGGAGGCGGGCGAGGGAGGUGGAGAGGAGGGAGAGGAGGGCGGGUAUCGGGAGUAGUGAUCCUGAGACGGCGCAGGUGAUUCGGUGCGGCCUUGAGCAAGUGCUGGUCUUGGCCGGGGGAAGACGAAUAUCCACGCUCGCGGAGGAGACUACUGAGGGAAGAAACCGACAUGUCUCCUUCUUCGCCUGGAGAAUGACACUAUUCGGACAUCAUGGCGCAGACACAGAGAGAUAUUGGAUAUCCGACAGCCAUGUCGUAAUUCUAGGCACGAAAACAGACAGAUACCCAGAAUUGUCAAUAUCAAAACCAGCACAGUUCAUUAUACAACCUCACUUUCUCUCACUUUGCUCCUCAUCAUGCAACCGAGUUUACACCACUGUCACCAGCGUCGUACGUCACUUCCGUCGGAUCCGGGCUCUCAGCUGUGUACGCCCCUCAAAUGACGGCCACAUUAGCGGCGACUUUUUACGAGAGUUUAGGGCUGCUGCGAGAGGCUUCGGACCGUUUGAAACGUUGGCCACCUUCUGCCCAGUGGUGGCGGCUCUGCGGCGCAUGUCUAAGAAAGUCAAUCCACAGGUCGUCGUCUGGUCUUUUGGAAUAGAGGUCUCGCAGCUUCAUGUUUACUUAUCAGGGGCUCGACAUUUCUCCCCGCUUCCCGAGUUGAGAAAACGAGAAAACGGAAUCGAAACAAACGGCAAUCUCUUCAUGGUCCUUUUGACUCGCCAAAACUUUCAUUACAGGUACAACCGACAGCUUGCUUGGGCAUUCCGGCAACCUUACGAGCGCUAUCAUUUUUUUCUUGAGGAAACCCCGGCCAUGGUAUCACCGCCGGGUAUCCGGUGGGAAGAGAUCAUCAAGGCCACGGGGGAGCCAAAGAGGCCAUCUCUUUCUUCCAGUCUAAGGGACCAAGGAAAGCCGUUUAAGGGUCAAAAAUCUUCUACAUAUCACAGCCAAAGAAUGCCUAUCUACUGCAUUACUUAG